AUGCAGACCGGAAAUGCAAUAUUGUCAGGUCCAUUGCGCGAUGGAUUUGGACGGGGAAGCCGAGACAUCAAGGCAGCCUCAGAGUUGACCGCUGCCGUAUUCGUUCAGAAUCAGAAACAUGCAUCCCUGACGAACAAUGGCCUCAUCCUCGAUCCCAGCCACCAGAAAGGCUCUCUGGAAGUGAAGCUCAAACCACCACCAGCAACUGAAGCAUCGAGGGGUGAACGAACAUUUCAGCCUCAGUCGGCGUCGCGUCGCCCGCGAGCUCCGCACGUGUUCGGGGCCCGCUCCGGCCCAAUGCCUGGAUUCGCUUUUCUAGACAGGGGUGUUGGGUGCCGGGAUUGGCGGGCCUUGUCCCUGGUUCACCGGUCGACCACGGCCCCUCCCAACACCAUGGAUCAAGAAGGGCGCUGUCAUUCCAGAUGUCGGCGAAGACCCCGCUCCGAGAGACGGCGAGGAUCUCAGAACGGCAACCACUCCCGGGCCUUGACCUCCUCACUCCCGGGCGUCCACCUCCUCACUCCCGGCCCGCGCCUCACGGGACUUGAGGUCGGCUCGGAGGGCGGCCCAGGUUUCUCAUUUGUCAAUGGCCCGCACUGCUCGGCACGGCUCAACGAUGUUGGCAGGCAGCCCCUUCUCGUUGAUCGCACGGCCAUGGCUGCGGGAGUCAAGCACGAGGAUCGAAGCGGCCACCACGAACCAACGCCUAUUCUUCGCCAAGUUCGUUAA